CCUACUUUGGCUUAGCCUUUUGCACCAAAAAAAAAAAAACGCUCAAGUGAGAAACCCUAGCCCCCCAAAUCUGCUGCACACACACACAGUCGGGAGAACUCGUCGCAGUUGUCGAAAAAAUCGGAGAAUGCCGACCAUCAGUAUUGGCAGAGACCGUCUCUUCGCUGCCCUUGGAGAAUCCUACACUCAGGAAGAGUUCGAGGAUCUGUGUUUCCGUUUCGGUAUCGAGCUUGAUGAUGUGACUACUGAGAAGGCAAUUAUAAGGAAAGAAAAACACAUCGAAGAAGAAGCUGAUGAAGAUGAAGAAAUCAUCUACAAGAUUGAAAUCCCUGCCAACAGAUAUGAUUUGCUUUGCCUCGAAGGGCUUGCGCAAGCUCUUCGCGUUUUUAACAAGAAACAGGAGAUACCUACGUAUAUCCUUGCUGACAUUAGAAAAGACAAGAUGCUUCAGAUGAAUGUUAAACCUGAGACAUCGACGAUUCGUCCAUUUGUUGUAUGUGCUGUUUUGAGAGGUGUUUCCUUUGACGAGGCUCGCUACAACAGCUUCAUUGAUCUUCAGGAUAAGCUGCAUCAGAAUAUUUGCCGGCGAAGAUCCCUGGUUGCAAUUGGAACUCACGACCUUGAUACAUUGCAAGGCCCAUUCACAUACGAGGCUCUGCCGCCAACGGAUAUAAAUUUUGUACCUUUAAAGCAAACAAAGAGCUUCAGGGCUGACGAACUAAUGGAAUUUUACAAGUCAGAUAUGAAGCUAAAAAAAUUUCUACACAUAAUCGAGAAUUCACCCGUCUUCCCUGUAUUAUACGACAGCAAAAGAACUGUGCUGUCGUUGCCACCUAUUAUCAAUGGCGCACAUUCUGCAAUUACCCUGCAGACAAAGAAUGUCUUCAUUGAAUGCACAGCAACUGAUUUGACGAAAGCCAAGACUGUUCUGAAUACAAUGGUUACAACUUUUUCAGAGUAUUGUGAGAGAAAAUUUGAGAUUGAGCCUGUUGAAGUUACAUAUGAUGACGGGAAGUCAUACAUCUAUCCGGAUUUAGCUGUCUAUGAUAUGGAAGUUUCUCUCUCUUAUAUUACAGACUCAAUUGGAGUCUCUUUGGAGGUGGAACAGGUUACAAGUCUGCUGACCCAAAUGCAACUACAUGCUGAGCCAGCCAAGUCUAGUGAUAACCAAUGUGCCAUAAAAGUACAUGUACCCCCCAGCAGGAGUGACGUUCUCCACCCUUGUGAUGUUAUGGAGGAUGUUGCCAUCGCCUAUGGUUUCAAUAACCUUCCAACAAGAUCCCCUGCUUCGAUAAAACCGCUGCCUUUGAAUGAGCUCACCGAUCUUCUCAGAAUAGAGAUUGCCAUGAAUGUGUACACUGAGGUGGUAACGUGGCUACUAUGUUCGCGCAAGGAAAACUUUGCGAUGCUAAAUAGAGAGGAUGAUAACUCAGCAGUAAUAAUUGAGAACCCGCGGUCUGCUGACUUUGAGGCCAUGAGGAGGACUCUCAUGCCCGGAAUAUUGAAAACUGUUGGCUCAAACAAAGACCACCCUAAACCAAUUAAGAUUUAUGAAAUCAGUGAUGUGGCCAUGUUGGAUGAGAGCAAAGACGUUGGUGCAUCCAAUCGACGCCAUCUUGCUGCACUACAUUGUGGUGCCACUUCUGGAUUUGAGCUUAUCCAUGGCCUCGUCGAUAGAAUCAUGGAAGUGAUGGCAAUCCCAUUUGUACCGGUCAAUGACAAUACGGGAUACUAUAUAAAGCUCUCUCAAGAGCCUGAGUUUCUACCGGGCAGGCAAGCUAGCAUCGUUGUCCGAGGGAAACAAAUUGGCAACUUCGGGAUAGUGCAUCCACAGGUUUUGAACAACUUUGACAUCCCUGAUCCAUGCUCUUUCGUGGAGAUAGACGUCGAAGCCCUCUUAUAGAAAAGAAACCAACCAAGUGUUCUCAUCUGGUUCUUGUUGUCUCUGUGAUUUACAAACAUUUAACUACUCAGUUGUUUUUGACCCCAUUUGUUAUAAUCAAUUUUUAUAUUCCCAACUUUUUCUCGAUUA